CUCCCCUCGUCCCCGUCGACGAUCCUCUCGCUCUCUCUCCCUCUCUCGCGCUCGCGCGCGUUCACCUCCUCCGCGUCCUCCCAUGGCGUCGUCGUCCCCGUGGCUCCCCUCCGCGGCGCUCACCGACGCGGGGCGCCCCGUGUUCCUCCCGGGGGAGGUGGAGCGCCACCUCGUCCCCUCCGUUGACCUAGAGGCGGAGGAGAACCCCUCCCUCCUCCACCCUCCGCUCCGUGCCCGGCUCCUCGCGCUCACCUCCCACCGCCUCAUCUGGAUCCACGAACCCUCCUCCUCCGCCCGUGCCCUCCCCCUCUACUCCAUCGUCCACGCCUUCCCCCCCAAGAAGUCCCUCCGAUCCAUCUUCGCCGCUUCCUCCCCCCGCAUCCGCCUCCAAAUAUCCCUCUCCGACGCCUCCGCCGCCCCCAGGGGCGGCGCCGCCGCGAGAUCGGAGGUGAUCACCGUCGUGAUGAGGGGGAAGGCUGAUCCGGACGUCUUCUACGGGAGGCUCGUCGAGGUGCUCCGAUCUAAGGCGUGGGAGGCGGCGCUGGCGAACGAAGACGCGGCGUCGGGGCCGGGGACGGGGACGACGGGGUUAGGGUUUGGGGGGAGCGAGCGGGGCGGAGGAAUACGGAUGCCAGUGGUGGGGGUCUCGGGGAUACUGAGGAAGGAGCAGGAGAUGUGGGAGAGUACGGAUAAGAGCUUGAACGACGCGUUCCAGGAUUUGAAUGCCCUCAUGAGCAAAGCUAAGGAGAUGGUUCAACUAGCAGAGAAAAUGCGCUUGAAGUUGUUAUCCAAUUCGACUGCUCAGGCAAAUUCCAAUGAUGAAGAGAUGGGUUCCAAGCAAGAUAUGCAAGAUUGGCUAUUGAGUGUUGGUAUUGUUUCACCAGUUACAAAAGAGUCUGCUGGUGCUCUAUAUCAUCAACAAUUAUCACGCCAGCUAGCGGACUUUGUCAAACUACCACUUGAGAGAGCUGGUGGGAUGAUGUCACUGGUAGAGGUGUAUUGUCUCUUCAACCGUGCCAGAGGGACAGAGUUGAUCUCACCCGAGGACCUUUUGCAAGCUUGUGCUAUUUGGGAGAAAUUUGAUGUCCCAGUUAUGCUAAGAAAAUUUGAUAGUGGAGUUAAGGUGAUUCAGAAUAAGUCCCACAGUGAUGAUGAGGUCUUUGCGAGGUUAAAAUCCCUGGCACAGAAGCCAGAUGCCCUGCGAAAAGGGAUUAGUCCCAGCGAUGCUGCAUUUACUUUAGGAAUUGCACCGGCUUUGGCUAAGGAACACCUUUUAACUGCCGAAAGCAAAGGUCUACUCUGCAGAGAUGUUAGCCCUGAUGGCUUUCGCUUUUACAUUAAUUUGUUCAAUGAAAUUGAUUCAGACAACAUUUACAUGCUUAAAUCUCAUGGGCUCUUUCAUACCUGGGCCUCUGCCACGGCUGUGUCUGGGUAAGGUGGGCAUGAUCUGUGUUGCAUUUUUUAGCUGACACAGCAACUACAGAUUUUCAGAGCGGCAACUUCAAACAUCUGUUGAUGGAGAUUUUUGUUUUGGCUGCUUCAGUGCUUUACCUCAAUGAGAUCGAGGUACGCUUGCACAGAGAGUAAGUUUGUUAUUGUAUAGUACAGGAAUAUCUAUUAUGAAUUAGUUUUUUUGUCAUUGUUUGUAUGAGUUUGUGUCAAAAGUGUCUGUCUGCAUCUCCGAUAUGUGUGUUCGAUUAGUAGUAGUCCAACAAUGUAGACUUACGAUGGUGUAUGGCACUGGGGUUCUCUCUUUUUUUUUUUCCUUUUUUUUUUUCCUUCUCUUCUCAACUAAAAAGAUUAGAGAGGAAAAAAGAAAAAGGUGCUAGAUUAUAUAAUCAGCCCUGCAACGCGACAGCCAAAAAAUCUUUUCAACGCGAGGAAAGUCUUCUUUGUAAUAGUGAUGUAAUCAUAUUGUGCCAUGUAGAGUCUAAUUAAAGGUAAUACAGUAUUUAGAGAUUGAAAUGAUACUUUAAGAAAAGUUCUUAGUUGCACUUCUAUGAAAUACAAAGACAUAAGAUUGGAUGUU